AUGGACAGCCACUCCUUGGAGUAUGAUAUCGAUGAGUGUGCUUCUGAUCCGUGCAACAAUGGUGGCACCUGUACAGACAGAGUUAACGGUUAUACAUGUGACUGUGCGGAGGGAUAUGAAGGGGACAACUGUGAAACAGAUACCGAUGAGUGUGCUUCUGGUCCGUGCAACAAUGGCGGCACCUGUACAGACGGAGUCAACGGUUAUACCUGUGACUGUGCGGCAGGAUAUGAAGGGGACAGCUGUGAAACAGAUACCGAUGAGUGUGCUUCUGAUCCGUGCAACAAUGGUGGCACCUGUACAGACGGAGUCAACGGUUAUACCUGUGACUGUGCGGCAGGAUAUGAAGGGGACAACUGUGAAACAGACAUUGACGAGUGCGCAAGUGAUCCCUGUGAGAAUGGGGGAACUUGUGUCGAUGACAUCAACGGUUAUACCUGUGACUGUGCGGAGGGAUAUGCUGGAGAUGACUGUGAAAUAGUUGUCGUUGACGGACACUGGGCAACAUGGGGAUCCUGGGUAAGUUGUGACGUCACAUGUGGGGGCGGAGUCCAGACUAGAACCAGGACCUGUACCAACCCUGCACCGACUAUCGGAGGGGCGGACUGUGUAGGGAACCCAUCCCAGACCCGGCCAUGUAAUGACUGGCAGUGUCCAGAUUGUAGUCGUGUAUGCGAGGAAGGGACACUGACCGCCGCCUGUGACACCUGUACCUGUGACGGCCAUGUACUCACGGGACACGUGACAGACAACAGACGUGUGCCACUCAGUGAUGCGGACAUCUUCUACGCUGAGAAUCCGCUUGACAGUGUUGCCUCUACCGAUGGGAUGGGAGACUUCAUGUUGUCCGGAGCUUGCGCACAAGGUGUAGAGAUCAUCGUGAGAAGGCCGGGGUACUUCGAAGCUCGUGCGAACUCCACACAACAUAAUGCCACGACGUCGUCUGUGAGAGUCAACAUGACAGCUAUAGUGAAACCGAUAAUAACUGAACAUCCACAAUCGAAAAAGAGAAUCGCUGGUCAGGACGUCACGUUUUGCUGUGCAGCACACGGCAGCCCCAUGAUCUCUUCAUACGAAUGGUUCAAAGACGGACAGGUGCUAGACGAGUCCAUGUAUGACUACAACGACACGCUCACCAUUGAAGGCCUGACUGUAGACGACUCCGGCGUGUAUCGGUGUCGAGCCAACAGCGAUGCCGGGGCCAAAUAUUCACAGGAGGCAACACUUGAGGUCGAAGAAAGCGGCAUGAGCUCCUGUCCAGUACAGCCCGAUGAGAACGUGAUCAGCCUCCCUGAUGACUGCGUGCAGGAGGACACCAACAGUACCGGGUACGACAUCGGCACCUGCGGAGGGGACGACUGUGUCGGAGACUUGGGUGGAGAGGACAAGAUGUGUGUAGACACCAAGAGAUUCUGCUGCGUUCCUACCAGUACAGAGACACGUACGGUACAGUGUUCUGGUUAUAGUUUGAAUGUCACCGUUACAACAGAAUGCGGUUGUGGGAGCUGUGUUAAAACCUUUACCAAACGUAUCCAGGGUCGUGCCUACGGUGUGAACAAUACAAACAACGCCAGCACAGAGGUGCCGCUCACGUUUGGUGCAGUUAUCAAGGACGGACAGGUAGUUGAUUACACCAGUGAUACAGGGGCGUUUGAAUUUACCACACAAACGACUGCUAGUAAGAUUUCUCUAACAUUUCGAGAUUACUUCAAGGAGUUGGUGACUAGUACCAGAGUGCUUUCCUUUACCGAUAGUGACACGUUGAACUUUGAUGUUGUUCUGAAGUUGAGACCUCCUCCGGUAACGUUAAUGAGUUCAGAGACAAGUGUCAUAGACUUGGGGACAGUGGAUGGGGUUGAUCCUCUUGCUGAGGUAGAUAUUCCCGCCAAUUCCUUCUUCACGGCGGAAGGGAAAGCGUAUGAGGGUGAGGUAAAGGCCUCUGUCUCGUUCAUUGACCCCAGAAAUCCAGACGACUUUGAUUUUAUCCAAGGAGAGCUAACAGCUGUUGACGUAGAGGGGGAAGAAAAUACAAUGCAGACCUUCGGUAUGUUCAAUAUGGACUUUGAAACUGAAGACGGCGACGCCCUAGAGCUCGGCGCCAAUCUUACCGUCCACAUAGAUCCCUCUCAGUCAAAUAUUGACAUCACUGACGUGGAUGAAAAUGGUAAUUUGAGAACGAAGAUAUGGAUUUUGGAUACUGAGAGUAGUAUAUGGCAAGAAGCGGGAAAUCUUAGGGUGGGUUCAGCAUCAAGGAGGAGGAAAAGGUCAACAUUCAUCAUCGGGGAGUUUGAAUACACUGCUGAUUAUCCGUGCAAUUUUGACCAAAUUGAACCGUAUGAAAGGCGCUGCUACGUCAAGGUCCAUGCCUACGAUAGUGUUGAAAGCUUUGUUCGCACCAUGGCCACAGGUAGAGCUACAGGUGUUGUCAAUGGUGCAGACGUUGCAGUGAUAACAACGAGCAACAGGGGUGGAUUCAGUUACGAUAACUCCUUGAGUGUAUAUCGAACUGGAAGGACAUACAGGAAAGGUGGGAUAUGCUUAGAAACCCUGUGCGAGCCCAGCGGCAAUGAUUUCAGUGCUAAAGUUCAUGUCGUGAAAGCUAGCAUGCAUUUCAAGGCCGUGGACAAAAGUCAUUAUUCAGGAUUUAGCACAGAUCUCUAUAAUAGUAUUGAUGUGCAAGAUGAUGAUAAAACUUUGAGCUUUGAUGUGUUUAGACCAGAACAUAGUAAUGGCCCCGUAUACAGAUAUGACGACUAUGUUCGCGUCCGAAGCCGAUGGGGGUAUUGGUAUAGUACUCAGAGAUGUCCUCGUUCGUCGGUAGCUAACAAUCACUUUGCCUUUGUAAACACCGCGUAUCAACCAUACGUCUUCCCACCGUACACUUUCGAUCAGAACCAGUACAGUCAACCGAUCACUGUCACGUCUUGGUACCCCAAUGAAAACGACCUCAAAAAAGUUUGCUUUAUCAAAGUGUACGUGAAAUUUCAGAACGAGCAUGCAAGUACCGAAAUUCGCGUUACGAGUAAGGGUGGAGGCGUGUAUGAACCCAAUACUGGUGUGACCUAUGGUAUCAGAGAGGAUAGGACAACGUCAAAUCCCAAUGAUCCAACAUCAGGUUUUGUCUGUGUUGAAUUUAAAUGCCCAGGUCCAAUUCUCGAGACCCAAACUAAUGGUACUAGACCCCAGCCUCCUUAUCCCGGAGCAAACGACAAUACCAGAAUUACUAUUGUCGCAAGAAGCAGUAUUUGUCACUAUGAUAGACGGUUUUCGUCCAGAACAACAGAGGGGAUAGACAAUGACUUACUGAAUGAUGUAAGCGACGUUGUCAGAGAUGGGAACACCAUUGAAUUCACUGUUCCCAACGGUAACUUCGGCAGGGACAAGGGCAUUUUUAUCCAGACAGGCAGCGGAGAUACCGGUUAUCGCAAGGCUUUAGAAUAUUGCCACAGUGGGUCUGACGCCGGUGGGUUUGGAAAGCCACUCGUUUAUGAAAACUUCCAUGCCAUCAGGUUUAAUUGUCCUGAUGUUUAUGAGGGUCCCACUCCUGAACCGCGGACCUUUUACCCUGACAGCAGCACACAGGAUAGCAGGGAAUGGACAGAGGAUAGCUGGACCUGGACACAGAAUAGCGAGACCAGUACACAGGCAACAGUCACACGGAAUAAGUCCUCGUGGUAUGACUACUAUGACUACCCCUGGACCCCUGAUUAUUAUCAAUAUGGAUGGUAACAACCCACCCUCGCGUCAGUAUAGAUUAGGUUUAUAGCAGCUAGCCGGUGCCGACACUUCUUAAGGUGCUUUAUAACAACAAGAUCUCUUCAGUGUCACAUAACGGAUGUUGUCUGGGACGUCUGACCGUUUCCAAAAUCAUAUCCAAUUAUUUGCUUUUAUUAGUGAUUGCUAUUUGCCGUGGAUUAUGGUGAUAUUUGGCAUGUGGGUAAGGGUUAGAAAACGAAGAUCAGUGUCGAUUUGGCCCCCCUGGUGUGCGUCCCUCGUACUGCAGCAAAAAUUCCGCGUUAAGUAUACUUGGUCCCGGACAUGCUACGCAGC